AUGCAGACCGAAACUCGUAACGGCGGGUGGCUGUCUUCGGACGUCUGGUCCAAGAUCGUGGAUGACUAUGCAUCGCCAGUGAACUUAGGGCUGAUGGACGUUGUCCCUGCCGAGGCAGACAACUCGUUUGAUCCCUACGUCUUUUCUGGUGUCUCCUGCAGCGACCUUGAAGAUUGCCUCUCCAUUGUCCCCGCACUCUCUGCCGUGAACAGGCAACUUCGAUACCUAUUGCAAGGUACAGACGCGCCGCCUCGCAGGUGCGUGCUAGUCACCAACAAGAAUGCGAGGCGGGUUCUUCGGACUAUGGAGGCCGCGGGGCCCUCUGACGAGCAGACAUCCGUCGCUCAUCUUGUCGUCGUUCUUCAUAUGACACCAGACUGGAUGAUGGGUUUGCAGACCAUGAAUCGCAUACUGCACCUCGUGCACGACGUGGAGAUACUCUCCUUUGGCUCGAUGUCGUAUUCCGACGGGUUCGACCUCGAUACUGUAGAUGGAGCAGAACUAGUCCUCCAAUUCGCGCGCAGUGUCCGAACUUUGGAAUCGAGUCUCCUUCGCCUAUCCUUCUUGGACGGCGCACGCUUGCUCUGCGGUGGCAAACCACACUAUGAGAUGCUGUUCAUACUCAACGCGUGCACUCGACUAAGGAGUGUUAGCUGUCAUCGACAAUUUCUUCCUUCGGCGUUCCAACCAGCUCCACAAGAGCGUGCCGAUAUGUACGCGUUCCGCCGCGACUAUCUCGAGCGCUGUCUCGAUCAUGUAGCCAUCGAUUCUCCCCAUGCGAAGUGCUGGGAUCGUUCAGAGAUCUUCAAUGCUACCCACCUGCACUAUGUUCGCGACGGGGACCCACGAUACAGCACCGGUCCAAGCAACCCCAUCAACGGCGCCGUCAGGGACCCCAUCAUGAGUCCGCUCACCCAUCUCUCGCUCGUCAUGUCCACUCGACCGAGUGCGAUUGAAAAGGACUUUGUCGCGUUCGCAAAGUACGUGCCUCGGCUGCGUCAUCUUCGUCUGAGCGCGCCUCUCUCGCAACUCACGGCGUCGAUGGCGUUGAUCCCGCCAUCAGUGCAAAAGCUCGUACUCGUCGUCGACAACAGCGUAUCUUGGAAUCCGCACCUACCCCCACCCGAGACACUCCCAUGGGAACGUCUACAUAACCUUCUGCUCUCUAUGCGGACCAGCUCGCGAUCACAACGCAUGUGCGCGCUCAGCCAUAUCCAGUUCAUGCAACCUGCACUUGCAAGGCGUCUCGAGGACGAGAUCGCUCAGAGGGACGAUGUAAAGCGAGAGAUAAUCGGUAUGCAGCUCGAACUCUUGGACGACGGAGGUUUGCUGUUCGAGAUCUGA